UUUACUGCAGCGGCGGCGACGGCGGCGGCAGCGACAGCGACAGCUUGUCUUCUCCGUGGGAGGAGGCGGCUGGCCAGAGGUUGUGGUCCCAAAGGUUUUCCCUCUCUGAUCUGCCCACCCCAUCCUCCCCGUACAUUCUCGCCUUGGGCUCUUCGCCGCGGCGUCCGCGGGUGGUGGGACAGACAACAUCGCGGCAGAUGAAGCUGUGACAGGUUUGAAAAGCACAAUGGCAGGAAACAGCCUUGUUCUCCCCAUUGUUCUUUGGGGUCGCAAAGCGCCAACACAUUGCAUCUCAGCAGUACUUCUAACAGACGAUGGGUCCACCAUCAUAACUGGAUGCCAUGAUGGACAAAUAUGUCUCUGGGAUCUUUCAGGAGAAUUGGAAGUUAAUCCUCGAGCACUAUUGUUUGGUCAUACAGCUUCAAUCACCUGUUUGUCUAAAGCUUGCGCUUCUAGUGACAAACAGUAUAUUGUGAGUGCAUCUGAUAGUGGAGAGAUGUGCCUCUGGGAUGUGAAUGAUGGCAGAUGUAUUGAAUUUACAAAAUUAGCCUGCACACAUACUGGCAUACAGUUGGUCCUUGGGCAUAUUUACUGA